GAAGAGGCUGUAGCUGGCAGGAUCCCUGACAUUAGUGUUGCUCUCUGGCUGCCUGCUGUCUCAAGCCAUGGCUGCACAGCUGGUUGUAGCUCUGCUGGCUCUCACCUCCCUGGGUGCUGCAUCUGAACUGGACUGCAAAGAGCUGGUUAAGCCUCUGGUACUGGACAGCCACAGCCCUAUUUAUGGAAAGUGGGUGCUCCAUGUGGCGGUGUGGGACGAGCCCGGCCUGAAGAAGGACCUGGAGACGGUGAACAGCUCCUGGGUGGAAUUGUCGGCUUCCUCAGACAGCGGAGUCAUGACAAUCUAUUGGGCAGACCGGCUAGGUGAAGACAAAUGCCUUCAGGGUGUUGCCAAUGCCACCAUCUCGGGGAUGACCAGUCACACCACUUUUAUUAUCAACGGUGUAACUUCAUAUCAUGAUGGGAAGUACUACGAGACGUGCGCUGACUGCCUUCUGUCCGAGGACACUACCGUCCUCUCUGAUGGCAAGUCAAAGGGACGAUACCUUUUCCUCUUUACACGGACUGGCACUUUGGAGCCAUCUGAGUUAGAGACCUACAAGAAGCAGGCUGAGUGUCUUAAAUUUGUUCCUGAGUACUACUUUGGAGGAACGGAUUUGUGUCCUGACACCAGGGAACCUGCUACACCUGCUGCUGAGACUACAGAAAAUGAUCAAACUGAAGUUCAGCCUACUGAAAAUUAAAGCAGAGUACAAAGACUACACGGCCCUUUGUACAACACACACACACACACAUCCAGAUUAACAUAGUGUUGUUAUGUGAUCUGCACUUGCACUCAUAUAAAGAUGCUGUGGGAUAACGUCUUGUAAGUUGUGGUCUAGUUGGUUCCAGCAGCAAUGAAUUCAAAGCCUGCUCGUGUAGUGUCAUGUUAGAUCUGUGGUUUGUUAUGUGUAGGUUUAUUACUGCUAAGCUGUUUGAUUUUCAUGAUUUAGUUUAGGAAAUGUUGGCAUCUGAGUAGCUCUUGGCUUAUUCUGUCAGGUACAGUAACGGUUAAAAAAAUCCACAUAAAUGCCCCCUUUUUAACAAUCAUAUUUCCAAUUGGUUGUGUGAAAUAAAUAAAGCAGCUUUUAUUCUGCUCUA